AAUGCAUUGUUGUGAGGACGGGACAAACGUCAACUGUCACUUUUCUUCAUUUUCGAGCGGGGGUGUUUACUACAGGGAUAUGGUUAUGUUGUCUUUUUCCUCACUUUGUCCAGGGAGCUUCCCUUUUGCCACGGUUUCUAUCCUUUUUCUCUUCUUCUCGGGUUUCACGUUGCAGUUUUUCUUUGCCACAUUCCCCGCGCCGUCGAGGGAACAAAAAAGAGACUUCCAGAGAGAAAGAUUUAUUAGAUAUAUUUUACACUUGUUAACAAGCAACAUGAUGGGUAUCCUCUCAAGCAUGGUUAGUCUAUUCGUCCAUGUGUAUCGCGUGCAUGGCCUGCAACGUGCAUGCAUGCCGUGAUGAAUAUUGUUGCACCCGUGACCAAUCACACCAUCCACAUUUACUCUAGUGGGCCUUUUUUUCCCCCGCUCCGCCAACGGUUAAAUUAAAACCCACGAAAAAAACCGUUGGCAGGCCCGCAGCAGUGCGUGCAGGGGGGGCACGAAUACAGAAGGAGAAGGAAGGAAAAAAGUAGGAUGUAAAGUACCCCUGUUCAAUUCUCAAUCCUCACACCAUGCUUGCCAUGUCUCCAUCUCUGUGUCCCCGACUCGUAUAGUUCGUUCCUUACUCUCCUACUCUCCCUCUCUUUCUCUUGCCUCCUCUCCCCCCCCUCCUCCCUUUCUCUCUCUGUGUCUCUCUCUCUGCCUUUAUCUUUUUUUCUUUUUCUCUCCCACUUGCCUUCUUUCGCAAUAGUGGGAGUGGGAAAUGGCAAAUGAUAAAUGGAGGAAGGGAGAAGAUAAGAAACGGAUGAUAUGUAGGUUUUUGAGAUGCCAUGUGUGCUGUGCUGUGCUGUGCUGCUUCUGUUGCUGUUGCAGUGAUAACAAUAACCUGUCACAUGGGUGUGUGCGUGUGUGCCUGCCUGCCUGCCUGCCUGCCUGCCUGUCUGUCUGCCUGCAAGGCUUUCUUGCCGCCCGCCCGCGCUGCUUUUGGGGUCAAACUAAACAAGUGAGAAAGACUUGCACGAAUGGCUCGGGAAUUCACAUGGCUUGCUAAUUGUUGCGGGAGUUGCUUGCUGGUGGGUUUUU